AUGGAUUCAACUAUUACAAUGAACGAUGGAAAUAAAAUUCCAGUAAUAGGGCUAGGUCUUUGGCAGGCUGAAAGUGGUCAAACUACACAACAAGCAAUUUCAUGGGCUUUAGAAGCAGGAUAUAGGCAUUUUGACACAGCAGCUGCGUAUGGAAAUGAAAAAGAUGUUGGAAUUGCUAUCGCAAAUAGUAACAUUCCUCGAGAAGAAAUUUUUGUUACAACAAAGAUUUGGAAUACUGAUCAGGGUUAUGAGUCAACUCUUAAAGCCGCAGAUACUUCAUUGAAAAAUCUUCAAAUUGGAUAUAUUGAUUUGCUACUUUUACAUUCUCCUUUGCCCGGUCCUCAGAAACGAGCGGAAAGUUAUAAAGCUUUACAAGAGUUGGUCAAGAAAGGAUUAGUAAAAAGUAUUGGAGUUUCAAAUUAUGGAGUGAAGCAUUUACAAGAAUUAUUAGACAGUAAUCCAGAGAUUAAACCCGCAGUAAACCAGGUUGAGAUCCAUCCAUGGUUAACUCGAAGUGAUAUUGUGUCUUUUUGCAAUGAACAUAAUAUUGUUGUUGAAGCUUAUUCACCACUUACUAGAGGACAAAAAUUAAAUGAUCCUAUUCUUACUCGUAUCGCUAAUGAAUAUGGAAAAACAUCAGCACAAAUUUUGAUCCGAUGGGGACUUCAACAUAAUUUCGUAACAUUACCAAAAAGUGUUAAGAAAGAACGUAUCAUUGAGAAUGCGAAUAUUUUCGAUUUUGAAAUCAAAAAAAGUGAUAUGGAAACACUUGAUAGUCUGGAUGAAUACCUUGUUGUUUCUUGGGAUCCUACUGUAGCUGAAUGA